AUGGGAAAACUUCACAACAUUGCUGUGUUCAUUCGCAACUCUACAAUUCACAACGACGCAUGGGACGACAUUGCGGGGAAAGCCCUCGGUAUCGACAACAUCACGCGCUGGAACUCGUGGUUCAAGCUGCUUGAUGCCGCCAUCAGCCAGGAAGGCCCAUUGUCGGUCUUCGUCAAUCAGUAUCAUCGAGAGCUUGAGGACGACAUCCUGACUCAUGAUGACUGGCAAGUAUUGAAGAUGACACACGAGUUCUUGCAGCCGUUUCACCAGGCCACCAUGGAGCAGCAAAUGGCCUGGGCUUCAAUAGAUCAGGUGCUAGAGAACAUGGACAUACUCUUCGUGCAAUUCGAAGACGCAAAGGUCAAGUAUGCCGAAAACGCCCACAUGGUAAGCUCGGUUCACAUGGGCUGGUGGGUUCUUUCAAAGUAUUACGAAGAAACCGACAAAAACCCCGUCGAUGUCGGACGAGCCGGAGCGGGUGUUCUCUUGCACAAGGCGGACACUUUCUUGGGAUCGAGCUCGACUUUCCGCGGACAGGACUGA